AUGGUUCUGCCCCAGCUAGCAGAUCCUUAUGCGGUGAUGCCGCUUCUGCUGCGUCUUCAACGAUUUGUGGGCUUGUGGGGUGAACGACGAUAUCGCUAUAAGUUUCAGUUAGCAUUUGCAAGCUUCUGUCUCCUCGUCGUUAUCCCGAAAUUGGCAUUUGGAUAUCCAGACCUAGAGACAACCGUUCGCGGAACUGCCGAACUGAUCUUUGAGUGGAACGUGCUCUUCGGCAUGUUGCUGUUUUCUUUAAAGCUAGAUAUAUAUGACGAGUUGGUGCAUCGUUACAUGGACAUUGCAAAGAUUGCGUUCCGGAAGGAUAUCCCGUCAGAACUAGGCGAUUAUCUGGUGCGCAUCAAUCGUCGUAUCGAUAAGUUCUCCAAAAUCUACUGCUGCAGCCAUCUUUGUCUCGCCAUCUUCUACUGGGUGGCUCCAUCGUCAAGUACCUACAUUGCGUAUCUGGGCUCCCACAACGACUCCAUCGCGGUAGAGCACGUGCUGCACUUGGAAGAGGAACUGUACUGGCUCCACAAUCGCACCUCAUUGCUCGAUUACUCUAUCUUUACCGCCAUUAUGCUACCGACCAUUUUUAUGCUGGCGUAUUUCGGUGGACUUAAACUACUCACCAUCUUCAGCAACGUCAAGUACUGUUCGGCCACAAUGCGGCUCGUCGCGAUGCGAAUCAACUACUUGGAUAGGUUAAGCGAAAAGCAGGCCGAGAAGGAGCUCAUCGAAAUAAUCAUGAUGCAUCAGAAAGCUUUAAAGUGCGUCGAACUUUUGGAGAUCAUAUUUCGGUGGGUUUUCCUUGGGCAGUUUAUACAAUGCGUUAUGAUCUGGUGCAGCCUGGUGCUUUACGUAGCCGUUACAGGUUUGAGCACUAAAGCGGCCAACGUUGGAGUACUAUUCAUUCUACUGACGGUGGAAACUUACGGUUUCUGCUACUUUGGAAGUGACUUAACGGCUGAGAGCCUAGGUGUUGCAAUGGCGGUGUACGGCUGUCACUGGUAUAAACGAUCGGUUCCGAUUCAAAAAAAAUUACGCAUGAUGCUUCAACGAGCACAAAAACCGGUUGGAAUUUCCGCGGGAAAGUUCUGUUUCGUGGACAUAGAACAGUUUGGCAAAAUGGCAAAAACGUCCUAUUCUUUCUACAUCGUACUGAAAGACCAGUUCUAG